AUGUACAGCUGGAAGGCAGCGAUCAAACAUGCAGACAUGUUGGAAGAGACGCAGCAGGACUCGGUGGAGUGCGCUACUCAGACACAGGACAGUGUAGAAGAGGAUUUUGUAGCCCAUAGCAAGAAGGAGUUUGACAAUAAGUACAACUGUACUUGGCACUGCAUUGUGGGGUGGAACGUCAGUGGUUGUGUGACAUAUGAAACCAAACACUUCAUCUACUUCUAUCUGGGUCAGGUGGCCAUUUUUCUGUUCAUAUCUGGUUAA